AAGAGUAGUUGCAGCUCGGAGAGUGGGGAGGAGAGAAGUCUGUGCUCUUUCACUCCUCGGUGAGUGCGUGCUGCAGGAAACGGGGUCUGACCAGGGCGAGCCUCCUCUUCACCUCCUCUCUGACACACGUGCAGAGGACAAACUGUGGGUGAUCUGAAGGGAAGAGGCGCGCGACUGAGGCAAUGAAUGCAGUGGAGAGCACUAAGCAGAGGCUGGGGCAGAGCCGCACCAGCACUGAGCCGAGCUCGAGGAACAUGGGAAACCCCAGUACCAAUACUGAGAGCAGCUCCAGGAGCAUUGCCAACUGCAAUACCAGUGUGGAACAAGGUUCCAGGAACAUGCGCAACUCCAACAGCAGCAAUGAGAGUUCGAGGAUCACAGGCAAGUCAAACAGCAAUGCUCAAAGGGGCUCCAGGUGCAUGGGCAACUUUAACACUAACACCGAGAGGGGCUCGAGGAACACAGUAAACCAGAACUUUGGUGCUGAACAUGGGUCAAAGUAUAGGGUGAAUCCCAACACCAGUGCUGAGAAGGGCUCAAGAAACAUGAGCAACACCGACAGACAGGCCUCGUCAAAAGCAUCAGGCCAACCACAAAACAACAACGUCCUGCAGUUGAGGCUCCAACAAAGGAGGACACGAGAGCAGUUAGCAGACCAGGGCAUCAUGCCUCCCCUGAAGAGUCCAGCUGCAUUCCACGAACAGAGGAAAAGUCUUGAACGCUCCAAGACUGGAGAUUACUUAAAGCAUAAAAUCCGAAGUAGACCAGAGAAGUCAGAGCUGGUUAACAUGCACAUUCUACAAGACUCAGCCAGCGAGUGCCCCGCUCAUGACUCGCAGAGCAAACUUAAGCGUGCCCGACUUGCUGACGAUCUUAACGAGAAAAUCGCCCUGAGACCAGGUCCGCUGGAAUUGGUUGAGAAGAACAUCAUACCCGUAGAUUCAACUGUUAAAGAGGUUGCUUUAAAAGUGAAUAAUGCGAAGUUUCCAAAGCAAGAGGACUCAUAUGCAUUUGAGGAGGACAGCAGCAGUGAGAGCCUGUCUCCUGAACAGCCCCUUAGUGACGAGUCCCAGAGCUCAGCUGGACCUUUGGCAGAGAGCAAGGCAUGUGGUGGCAUUCCAUCCCCAUCACUGACCGCAGGCCUCACACAGGGGUCACAAACCAGAGAAUCAACUGUUCAAAACCAAGAAGAAGGUCCACCUGUGACAAACAACCAGACAGGUCCACCCAUUCCUGUCCCUGCAAUAAUAAAGUCCAAAACGUCAGACAAGAAUCGUCAUAAGAAGCCCAAAGAUGUUAAGCCAAAGGUGAAGAAGCUGAAGUACCACCAAUACAUUCCGCCAGACCAGAAAGCAGAAAAAUCUCCUCCUCCAAUGGACUCAGCCUAUGCCCGGCUACUACAGCAGCAGCAGCUCUUCCUGCAACUGCAGAUUCUCAGCCAGCAGAAGCACACGCAGCAGAAUCACUCACACCAGCCCCAGUGUCCACAAAGCCAGAGCUUUAGCUAUCAGCCUGUACAGCAGCAUCUGUCAACCAAGCACACAAGUGAACAGCAAACACCAUGCAGUUCCAGUGCUGCCACAAGUACAGAAAGCAGCAGUUGUUCAUCUCCUGUAAAGACCACAUACUGCAACACAUCCAACAUGACUCCAAUCAGACCAGGGCCACUGCCUGCUAACCUUGAUGAUCUAAAGGUUUCUGAGCUUCGACAGCAACUGAGAAUACGAGGUCUCCCAGUGUCAGGCACAAAAACUGCCCUCAUAGAAAGGCUGAGGCCCUAUAAAGACUCUAGCUCCACUUCUCCCUCCAGCUCUGGAGAUAUCACUACUGUGACCUUCCCGGUGACCCCCACUGGCUUGCUCACCUCCUACCAAUCCCCAAGUUCUUCUGGUACAAUGUCCCAUGUAGGGGGAUAUUACCCAUUCUGCAGUACAACAUCCACCCCACCCAUCUCUCCUGCUUCCUCUGAGCUGUCUGUAAGUGGUUCUCUUCCUGAUAGUUUUAGCGAUGUCACUAUGUCCUCUCCGCAGUUUGGCCUGCAGCCAUCACCAACUCAACUGAGUGCAGAAGACAACCAGAACUUAGGUAACUGCCUGCAUGGUGAACCAGGCCUGGACACUGAGAAGGACAAGAUGUUGGUGGAGAAGCAGAAGGUGAUUGAGGAGUUGACCUGGAAAUUACACCAGGAACAAAGGCAGGUGGAGGAGCUACGGAUGCAAUUACAUAAACGGAAGCACAGCCAUGGCCUACAGGAUCCAGUGCAUUUGCAGCCACCUAACCAGAUGCAGCACUACUUUGGUGUGUCUAUCAAACAGGAGCACGUGGCCUCAAGCUGUCCAAUGGCCUCCAAGCAGCAAAAGAAUGGACCCCCAAACAGCUGCAUUGAGCCAGUGGGACAUUGUGGUCUAGGUGGUGGACUACGGAGCCUGGACAUCUCCUCUAGAAGUCCUUCUGGUCUCCCUGCCUAUCUAAGCCCGCAGUGCUCUCCUCAAGACUCACCAGUGACCAAGAACUCAAGCAGCCCACAACCCAACAGCCUGCCUGCCUCUCCUAGUCAUUCAUUUCUGCUCACACCUCCCUUGGGUAGGGACAGCUGCCCUCACAGUGGAGCCAGACCACAUCCAAUGCAGCUCCAGCAGAAGAAUGUUGCUCAGUCAGUGAGUUGCACCUAUUCACCUGACCAGAGAAGUAUGCAGCCAUUGUACCCAGGCAAUGAGAAUAACCUAAACCCCAGAGGGUCUUCUAAGGCCAAAACUCCAAACAUGCAGCAAAAGAUGGCAAUAUUACACUCUCCCAGGCACAUUGGCCAAAAGUGCGCCACCUCCACCACUACCUUCUGUAGCUCAGAUCCUACUGCAUCUGCCAUUAAACAGCCCCCAUGCUAUGAGGAUGCAGUGAAGCAGCAGAUGACCAGAAGUCAGCAAAUGGACGAACUCCUUGAUGUCCUUAUUGAAAGUGGAGAAAUUCCAGCUAACGCCAAAGAAGAGAGGUCCCCUGUAACCAAAGUUGUACCUCACCUUACAGUUUCACCCAGCAAUGCUGCCACCAGUACCACGUCCAUGCCAAAGUUUCACCGCCACUACAGCCACAUUUCUCCCGCUGAGGUGCCAUAUGAACAUGCUACAGGGCACAGCGAGUGCCAACUGGAGGUGCUUCUAAGCCCCGUAAGUCGCCAUGGUGACAUCAUCCCUGUCAAGAUGGGCACUGACGAGGGUCAGCUUGAGGACAUAGGAGACUCCUACCCAGGUCAUCAACAUGACAAGUUGCUCAGCAGCAGGGACAUGAUGGACACGCCUCUGUCCCCCAUGGCCACCAAGGUCUCACCAGUGCCCACAGAUGGCCAAGGGCUUGGCAUGACAUUCUCUGAGUCACCAUGGGAAACCAUGGAGUGGUUGGACUUAACUCCUCCCAGCUCAGCCACAGCAUUCAGCAGCAGCAUCACUCCAUCAGCACCUAGUAUUUUCAACACAGAGUUCCUGGAUGUGAGUGACAUUGGACUGAACUCAGCUAUGGACCUGCAUCUUGAGCACUGGUGAAGCUGUCCAGGAAGCUCCAUUAGAUAAAACAAACAGCUAGGUAUAUAAUGAGCAGUAACACAAAGCACUUCUCAUCCAAAUUUUUUAAUGAUGUGGUUUUCCACGAGACGCACAGACAACAACUACAGACUGACCUGUUAAAAUAUCAGUCGACAUGUUCUUCCUAUAGUUAAAAACUACUUUUAAACUCAGUUUAAAAAAAAGAAGCAGCUUGUACAGGUCCAAAACUUGAAAAUCCUUUGGACUUUAUAUAGUGGGAAAGAAUUACUGGAAAUAAUAGAAACCAAAUGAACCAAAUAAAUUCAAACUAAACAUCUAAAAUAAAUUCAACAGCAUUCGCAAAUCCAUUUGUAAAUAUUACACUACUGCGUCAAAAGUCUUUCCUGCAUGUGGUGUGUGGCGAAACACUUCUAAAGUGUUCACAAAAAAAAAAAAAAAAUCACCACCUCAUGUAUUGUAAUAUGCUAUUGUAAAUAUUCAUUAAUGCUCACACUGCACCUUGAGUAGUAUAGUACUUUGUCACAUUUGGCUUGACAUAUAUUUUCGGACAGCAUGUAAUUGUUCUAUGUUCUAUCAUUUUGAUAUUUUCUGUAUCCAUCCCAAUUUUAUUUUUAUUUUAUUAUUUUUUUUUCAAAACAUUUUAAUUUAUUUAAACAGCUUAGAUACAAUGUAGUUGUAUCAGAACAUAUCUUUAUCUAUAAUGUGAGAGUAUGCUUCAGUUGCAAGUCCUUGGAUUAAAUACAGACAAUAAACAAACAUGCUAAUAUUACAGUUGACGGAUUUAGGUCAGAACUUAACAAUGAAACAGGCCACCGUUAAUUUUUAUUCCCUUAAAGGUGGGGUGCACGAUGUUUGAAAAAUGCUUCAGAAAACUGAGUCGGGCCGACUAACAAAACAAACGUGUAGCCAAUUAGCAGAAAGGGGCGUGUCUUCUCAAUAUGCGGCGGAGAGAGUGUUCAGUGCGCAUGUGUAACAUUACCCGAAAGCGAUUGAAACAUUGACAUGGCAUGGUUGAACGUCGUCUUCCGCGUGAAACAAAGCUAAACUUUUCAUGGUACAACACACAGUACUACAAAUACACAUUUGUAUUACCAUAGUAUUACUCAUUGAGUUCAUUUAUUGAUAAAAAUAUCCCCUCGGCCAGCUGCCCCAGCAGGUUCUGCCAUAGUAGUUGCCUGGGUUAUGUAUGUAUGUGUGGGGCGGAGCUAUCAAUACAUUUUGGGUUAGGGGCGUGUUUGUUUUGGUGAUUUCAAAUUUCAACAUUGGCUUUCAAACAUUGUGCACCCCACCUUUAAUAAAAGACUACAUAUAAAACUUUAUAGGCAUGUGGUACACAUCUUCAACAUGCUUUUCCUAUGUAAAAAUAUAUAGGCCUAAGAUUUACAUUUCACUCACUGCUUGCCCCUAUAUGAAAGAUUCCAUCUUCGAUGGCGGUUUGUAAUAUGACUAAUAAUAUUGACGCGUGACCCAUUUGCUAUCUUGGAAGACGUCACAUCUCAGAUGUAUUUAUUUGGAAAUUUGGACAUUUGCAUACAUGUAUUUAUACAGAAGAUAUUUAUGAGACAUUCCUUUGUUUAGGAACAGGAUAGAGGAAAUGCAUAUAGCCACAGAAGAGAUUAAUGAAAUUCAUGGUUGUUCUAGUAAAACCUGACUCCCCAGCUUUAUUUUUAUACAGAAUUGUAAAACAAGCCGUUUUAUUCUCAGAUGCAUUUUGUGUGUGUCAUAAAAAUGGCCCAAACAUAAAUACAUUUAAUAAAAGGUAAUAUCCUGAAAAGACACUAUUACGGACAGUUUCAAACGACACACUUGAACGUAAUACUUUAAAGUCAUACAACUGGGGAAAUACAGUUACACAAAAUGCUUUGAUGCAUAUGUUGGCAAUAAAAUGGAGGUUGGAAAGGCACAAAAACUUUUCUAAAAUAAUUUUAGAAUAUAGACAUACAGUGUAAUUUUAUAAUAUUGCAUUAUUUUUUUAUUUUUGACAAUUCACCUGAGAAUUCAACUGCAAAUCAUGGUUAAAAUAUUCCAGUCAGGUUUAGAUACUCUACAACCAGACAUAAAUACACUAUAGAUGAAAGUGUUAAUGUGGUUUUUUGUUUUCUUUCAUUCCCUUUCUUUGCUUCUCCAUGGUUAAGUCAGUGACGUAGCAAGUCAGGCUAAAUGUUCAGAUUGCACUAACAGCACUGUUUGAGCUAUUCUUGGUUCAGAUUUUUGUACUUACUUUGUGUAACUAAAAGCUGAAAUUCAAUUUCUAAGUAAGCAAUUCACUGACAAAUGAACUUUUUUUUUUUUUUUUUAAACCAGAACAGUGUUAAUGAAAGAGGAUCUUUCUUUUCUUCCCAGAAUGAAGUGUAUUAUACUGUGUAUUGUUUUACUGUGAACAUUUGCACCCACAGCAGGGCUGCCAGAUAAGAGACCUGUGGACAUUUUUCUUUUUAUGAAUUCAACAGUAUUUUACGUGUGCACAAAAUAAUAAUAAUAAUAAUAAUAAUAAUAAUAAUGCAUCUUAAUGUAUUGUUAAACCUUGGUGUCUGAUUAGUGAAUGAGGAGAAAAAUUGAGUUUAACAAUUUAAACUGUGAACAGAGCAGAUUUGUGUGUCCUACAAAACAAUCGAAUGGAAUUGAUCAUAUUUAGAUCGAUGGAGAAUUUAAGCCACCAUCAUACGUUCUCAAUUCCCACACCAGUGAAGCAUUUAUUUUGUAAACACUGCACACUAUCCUCAGAGUCCACCUCUUUUUUAAUCAUGUAAACUGUUUAUAUGUUUGAAUGGAAAUGACCAGCAUGACGAUCAGAGCAUUCACUCUGCGGCCUUGCGUCUAGUGCAUUUAACCCGAAUAUAGAACAUCUGUAGUAGAUGUUGUUUAAUGACUUCGACACAGAUCAUUCUAUACAGAAGAGGUUUUGAGAGACCAAACUUUGGAAUAGAAGAUUGUAAUGAAUAUAUAUUGGAUUUAUAAAUAUAUGUCCAUACAUUUGUGUUGUCUGGAGAAUUGUAUCACUAAGGAAUUCUUUUUCUUUUUUAACCCUGAACAAAUUCAUAACUAGACAAAGCACACACCUUUUUUUUUUUGGUCUGUUGUGCUGGAUUAAAUAACAUUUAAUGGCACGUUAUGCUUCAAUCCCAGUCUUACCCCACACUACUCCUAGCCAACCAGAUAGGAGAGAAUUCCUUCAUUCCGUAGCAUCCGUCCAGUACACGACUGCUCUGUCUUUCAGAAGAAAACAAAUCUGUGUUGUUUUUGUCUUCAUUUUUUUUCUCCUGAGGAAGAAAUAUUUAGAUGUGACAAAAAGCUUUUGUACUGCUUGGCCACUGAACAGCUUUACAAUGUAAACCGUCUCAGUAUGUCUCCACCACUGUACUAUUAAAACUUCAAUAAACACCAGCAAAUUCAAAAUUUCCAAAAGAA